AAGGCGGGAGCUCCACGACUAGAGGGAAGGAGAAGGGAUCAGGAGCGGGAGCUGAGGGGAGGGAGAGGCCGGUUCGGGUCUGGCCGCCACCGCUGCUCACCUGAGGUGUCCGGCCGGGCUGCGGCUGUCUUCGGUUCCUGGGUACCGUCUGCGAGGCCCCGCGGAGCCAGCGUGGGAGGGCCGCAGGCGGCAGGCGCCGCAUCAUGUCAGCCAAGGACGAGCGGGCCAGGGAUAUCCUGAGAGGCUUCAAACUAAAUUGGAUGAACCUUCGGGAUGCUGAAACAGGGAAGAUACUCUGGCAGGGAACAGAAGACCUGUCUGUCCCUGGCGUGGAACAUGAAGCCCGUGUGCCCAAAAAAAUCCUCAAGUGCAAGGCAGUGUCUCGAGAACUGAACUUUUCUUCAGCAGAGCAAAUGGAAAAAUUCCGCCUGGAACAAAAAGUUUACUUCAAAGGACAAUGCCUAGAAGAGUGGUUCUUCGAGUUUGGCUUUGUGAUCCCUAACUCCACAAACACCUGGCAAUCCUUGAUAGAAGCAGCACCUGAGUCCCAGAUGAUGCCCGCCAGCGUCCUGACGGGCAACGUCAUCAUAGAGACAAAGUUCUUUGACGACGAUCUUCUCGUCAGCACAUCCAAAGUGAGGCUUUUCUAUGUUUGAGAGAACUUGUGUGCACUUCCAAGAAUCUGGACCAGGGGCAGGAGGAAGCUGUACUUGUUCCUCUGCAUAUCUGACUUUGAUUCUCCAGCUGACUCCUUCAACAGAACCCACCUGUGCUCCAGGGAACCGGCUCUGAGUAGGCGGCCAGUGGCUUUUCUCCCAAACCUCCAUCUUCACUGACGAGACUAAACUCCCAACCCCAGCCAAGGGCAGGGAAUAAACCUCCACCCCUUCCUGGCGCAACCAUGGGAACAAACCUCUACCAGGAGCCACACUUGCGCCUGUAGCCUGCCCCGCCUCCUCCUUCAGCCCUACAGGCUUUCUUUGGCCUCUGAUUUUGAAAAAAAACUUACCUUUCUGACCCAUUUAGGUUUUUCCUACCACUUCUAUUUCAUACAUUCUCAUACCUGUAACUUGUAAAAUAGACUAUGAUAUUAUUAUUACAUAAUGUAAUUAAAGCAUUAAAAUAUUCCUACAGUCUUUAGCAUG